CAACUCUUUCGACACCCUGAAGACGCACACACCAUGGUGGGAGUAGCUACUCAAGAGAACGGCCUGCUCUACCGCUCUGUCAGCUCCAAGCCCCGCCCCUACGACGCCGGGGGCGACGGCGGCAAGGGUCUCUCGCAUGUGUGCCUGGAGAGGCUGUCCUACGUGCCGGUGCUGCCCGAUUGCCUGCGAGGCCGGCAUGAGCUGGAGGAGGGCGAUGCCCGGGAGUGCGUGGGUGGCCACGAGGUGAUUUGCAGCCUCUUCCCGCGCCUCAGCAACGCCCACGGCGGCCACUCGCCGCUCAAGAUGGUCAACCUGCAUCCGGCAGCAGCCCCGGGCCCCGACUCCGAGGGAGGGGAGCAGCGCCCGCUGCGGCUGGGCGUGGUGCUGAGCGGGGGGCAGGCCCCAGGCGGCCACAACGUCAUCAUCGGCCUGCACGACUACCUGCAGCGCUGGCACCCGGGCUCCACGCUGGUGGGCUUCCUGGCGGGGCCACGCGGCGUGAUGCAGAACAACUACAAGAUCCUGCAGGCAGAGGAGCUGGACGGCUACCGCAACCAGGGCGGCUUCCACAUGAUUGGCAGCGGCCGCGAUGCCAUCGCCAAGCCCGAGCAGCUGGCGGCGGCGGAGAAGACCUGCCUUGCCCACGACCUGGACGGCAUGAUUGUGAUCGGCGGCGACGACUCCAACACCAACGCCGCCAUCAUGGCAGAGCACUUCCUCAAGCAGGACCUCAAGACCAACGUCAUCGGCGUGCCCAAGACCAUCGACGGCGACCUGAAGAACACCGACGUCAACAUCAGCUUUGGCUUUGACACCGCGUGCAAGGUGUACUCCGAGAUGAUUGGCAACAUCAUGAUUGAUGCCAUGUCGGCCAAGAAGUAUUACCACUUCAUCAGGCUCAUGGGCCGCGCCGCCUCGCACGUCACGCUGGAGUGCGCAUUGCAGACCCACCCCCAGCUGGCGCUGAUUUGCGAGGAGGUGGCGGCGCACCGCUGGGGCCUCAAGGACGUCACUCGCCAGAUUGCCGACAUGAUCGCGCAGCGCGCAGAGCUGGGCAAGAACUUUGGCGUGGUGCUGAUCCCUGAGGGCCUGGUGGAGUUCAUGCAUGACGUGUCCACGCUGAUUGCAGAGCUGAACGAGAUGCUGGCCAAGGGCAUCAACCCCGCCGACCAGUCUGACGUCAUCGCGCACCUGACGCCCGAGUCCGCAGACCUCUUCUCCAACCUCACCCCCGGCAUCCGCUCGGAGCUGCUGGAGGAGCGCGACCCCCACGGCAACGUGCAGGUGUCCCACAUCCAGACCGAGAAGCUGCUGAUCAAGCUGGUGGGGCUGGAGCUGGCGCGGCGCAAGGCCUCGGGCACCUACCGUGGCAAGUUUGCCGCCCUGGCGCACUUCUUCGGCUACGAGGGCCGCUGCUCGCUGCCCUCCAACUUUGACGCCACCUACUGCAACGCGCUGGGCCAGGCGGCGGGGGCGCUGGUGGCCAGCGGGCGCACCGGCCUCAUGGCAACCGUCUCCAACCUGCAGCAGCCAGCCAACAAGUGGACUGUGGGCGGCACCCCGCUGCUGUCCAUGAUGCACCUGGAGCGCCGCUCAGGCCGCGACAAGCCUGUGAUCAAGAAGGCGUUGGUGGAGAUGGGCGGCGCGCCCAUGGCCAGCUACACAUCCAUGCGCGCCAUCUGGGCCAUCCAGGACUGGUGCCGCUCCCCCGGCCCCAUCCAGUUCCGUGGCCCCUCUGCAGACAUGGCCAGCAUCACGCUGGCGCUGGAGACCAAUGAGGGGCAGCCCUGCCUGCUGCAGAGCUCGCCCGAGGACGAUUGCUGAGGCGCCAGCCUGGCGCUUGGCCCCACCUGUGCACAGCUGCUCAUCUUUUCAACCUGAUGACCCAAACUACGAUUGAAGCAUAUUGCGCAGAGAGAUCUAUGUAUGGUCGCAGCAGACCGAUCUAUUUUUUCCUUCCCCACUCCCGCCCUGUGCUUUUCGGGGGCCUGCCGGCGGGUCAAGUGGUGGCCUGCGCAGACCCCACGAUGUUGCUGUGCAUGAUGCGAUUUUUGGGAAGGUUGGCGGACCACAUUUUUGGGAGUGCAUUGGAGAGGACAGCAUCCCACCCCCACCCCCACUCCCUGCCAUGUUCACAUUGGCAGCUAGUGUGUUGAUUUUGGAGUGCCUUUGCCAAGGCCUGGCAUUUUUGCACUGCCCCCCGCAAUUGAGAUUAUGUCGGACUCUACCUCUCAAAUUUAAAUCCAUUCCCAAUCCUGGAGACACAACCAUGUCUGCUGCAUUUCUUGUAGGCAACAUUGGCGGGCUGGACAAGCCACGCCUGCUGGAGGGAGGGGCAGACAAGUUCGCCUCCGAGGUGUCCUUGGACAGGCUUGCCUACCGUCCCACACAGCCUGGGGUGCUCCAAGGGCCUCACGAUGUGGUAGAGGGCGAUACCCGCGAGUGUGUGGAGAGCCACGACGUCAUUUGUGGCCUGUUCCCCAACCUCAGCGGAUCCGAGAAUGGCAAUUCGCCGCUGAAGAUGGUGCACCUCACAGCAGCGGCGCCGGCCGGGCCGGGCGGGGCGCCUGAGCCGCGCUCGCUGAGGUUGGGCGUGGUGCUGAGCGGGGGCCAGGCAUCAGGCGGCCACAACGUCAUCAUCGGCCUGCACGACUACCUGCAGCGCUGGCACCCGGGCUCCACGCUGGUGGGCUUCCUGGCGGGGCCGCGCGGCGUGAUGCAGAACAACUACAAGAUCCUGCAGGCAGAGGAGCUGGACGGCUACCGCAACCAGGGCGGCUUCCACAUGAUUGGCAGCGGCCGUGACAAGAUUGAGAAGCCCGAGCAGCUGGCUGCUGCCGCUGAAGUGGGCAGGAUGGAGGCUGUUAGCUCCAGCUGAUUGUCUAGCUCGCACUGUAGCCCCCACCUGAUCCUGUCUGUUCAUUGUGCUCUGCAGGCCUGCAGCCAACUACAGCUGGACGGCAUGAUUGUGAUUGGCGGCGACGACUCCAACACCAAUGCCGCCAUCAUGGCUGAGCACUUCCUGGGGAGGGGGUUAGCCACCCGCGUCAUCGGCGUUCCCAAGACCAUUGAUGGCGACCUGAAGAACACCGACGUCAACAUCAGCUUUGGCUUUGACACCGCGUGCAAGGUGUACUCCGAGAUGAUUGGCAACAUCAUGAUUGAUGCGCUGUCGGCCAAGAAGUAUUACCACUUCAUCAGGCUCAUGGGCCGCGCCGCCUCGCACGUCACGCUGGAGUGCGCGCUGCAGACCCACCCCCAGGCAGGUGGCACCCGUCCUGCUGCACCCGGGCAAUCCUUUUCUGAGCUGGCAUCCAGAACUGCUGUGCAGCUGGCGCUGAUUUGCGAGGAGGUGGCAGCGCGCAAGCUGGGGCUCAAGGAUGUCACCCACCAGAUUGCCGACAUGAUUGCGCACCGCGCGGAGCAGGGCAAAAACUACGGCGUGGUGCUGAUACCGGAGGGCCUGGUCGAAUACAUGCACGAUGUGUCUACGCUGAUUGCGGAGCUGAAUGAGCUGCUUGCUCAGGGGCUGGACGCGGCUGACCAGGCCGGCAUCACUGCUCGCCUCACGCCAGAGUCUGAGGACGUGUUUUUCCACCUGCCCCCCGGCAUCCGCUCGGAGCUGCUGGAGGAGCGCGACCCCCACGGCAACGUGCAGGUGUCGCACAUCGAGACUGAGAAGCUGCUCAUCAAGCUGGUGGCCGCUGAGCUGGCGCGGCGCAAGGUGGCUGGAAAGUACAGUGGCAAGUUUGCCGCCCUGCCACACUUCUUCGGCUACGAGGGCCGCUGCUCGCUGCCCUCCAACUUUGACGCCACCUACUGCAACGCGCUGGGCCAGGCGGCGGGGACGCUGGUGGCCAGCGGGCGCACCGGCCUCAUGGCAACCGUCUCCAAUCUGCAGCUCGCUGCCUCAGAAUGGGGCGUGGGCGGCACCCCGCUGCUGUCCAUGAUGCACAUGGAGCGCCGCUCAGGCCGGUGAGCGUGCGCAAUUCCAGAAGCUCAGCUGGCGAUACUGGCCGGCAGCGGCAUCAGCGCAGAACCAGCUGCUCCUCCACUGAUGGCGACUUGCUGCUCCGCUCCCUUGCCAAGCAGCGACAAGCCUGUGAUCAAGAAGGCGCUGGUGGACCUGGAGGGGGCGCCCAUGGCCUGCCUUGCCGCCCAGCGCGAAGCCUGGGCCGACCAGGACUGCUUCCGAUCCCCCGGCCCCAUCCAGUUUCACGGCCACGCCUUUGCGGAUGUGGCGACCAUGACGCUGGCGCUGGAGGUGAACCAGGGGCAGCCCAUCCUGCUGUCGCCUGGGGAGGCCACCGAGACAGUGGGCAGCGGCAUCUGAGGGGCACGUGGAUUAUGUCUGACGUGGAUUAUGUCUGACGUAAAGCAGGGAGAUUCGCACAUAACCCUUUCCUUCUCUGACUCUGACAUGUCCUGACAUGUUGAUUGAUGUUGUUGAAAUCUUGUUCACCAAGCCUCCGCCGUUGCCGUUCGCCGCGCUGCCGGCGCGGCGGUACAUCGAGUGUAGUACACAAGCUUUUC